AUGCCACACGUGACCCGGCGACUCGACAUAGACACAAAAAGCCACCUCCAGCCGCUUCACUCGACGUUCGACGAAGUCACACCAAAGCACGCUCAAUGCACGACGAAGCCACGCCCAACUACAACAAUAGACGUCAGAAGAAGUGACGCCAAAGCACUUUUGGUCAGAAUCAUCAGGAAACUCGAAUAUGUUUCAUGGUUACUUGAUGUGGUGACCACAAGUUACCUGAGAAAAUUGAACAAGCGAGCUUCUGCUCAACCUAUACCAAAAUUGAUGAAGAAGGUGAAUACACAAAAGAUGUUAGAUACAAUACUUCAUCAUCAGCAAGUGUUCCCUCAUAGCCUCCUCCACUGGGAUAAACUACAACCCAUCUGCCAUGGUCCUCUAGCCGUCGGCCAUGAAGAAGUUGAGCAGUGUAGCCACCGUGUUCUCAUUGCUACUCCCCAUGGCCACUCCGCCGAACUCGACAAGGUCAUCGAGGAUCCACAUCCUUGA